ACGGAUUUUAGCGCCGGCGCAGAAACUUGACUUUUAUCUAAGUGUUUUUUUUCUCUUCCGUUUUCACUAGUCGAAAGUUUUCUGUCAGUCAAAUUGGGAACGAAAAUAUGUUAAAGUCGGAGGUGCAACACCAGUAUUGGAUCACCAAAAAGGUGGUGCAACGCAAACUGGGCAGCAAAGAGGACAAACACAUCAUCUCCUCGGACGCGGAGCUCGAUGCCAAAAUCGAGAUAUUCAAAUCGAUAAGCGACACCAGCUCGGAGCUCUGCAAAAUCAUUGAUCAAUACCAGGAGCGCCUCUGCAUCUUGUCGCAAGAGGAAUGCGUCUUUGGGCGUUUCCUCAAGGAGGCGGGCAAGCGAAGCAAGACCACAGGAGGCAGCAUCACGAAUGCAGGCAAAGCAAUGUCCUUCGCUGGCCAGCAAAGGAUGUGCGUCCGUGUGCCGUUGCUGCGUCUCCAGCACGAGGUCGAUGUGUAUCGCUGUCGUGCUGUGAAGGACACGGAGCUGACGCUGCAGACAAUGGAGAAGGAACGGACCGAAUAUCGCGCCGCUUUGGCGUGGAUGAAGCACACGGCCAGCCAGGACAUGGAUCCGGAUACGGGCAAGGGAUUGGAUAAGUUUCGCACGGCCCAAGCGCAUGUACGUGCUGCGAAGCACAAUUUCGAUGGCUACUCCUUGGACUCCAUACAGAAGAUUGAUUUGCUGGCGGCGGCACGUUGCAACAUGUAUUCGCAUGCUUUGGUCGCCUACUUGGCGGAGCUGAAGACGUUUGCCCAGAAGACGGCGGCCACGUUUCAAAGCAUUGCAAAUGCGCUGGUCGCCAAACCUAAAUACGAUUUCUGUGUGCUCAAGGAGCUGUCGCAAAACGAAGGAGCUGCCGAGGAUGCGGCGGAGGAGACGCCUGUGGCGCCCAUUGAGGCAGUCGAUAAAGAUCAGUCCUUGUUCUUUGCGGAGGAUUACCAAGAUAAACCCGCUUCUACUACGCCCACAGCAGACACGCCCACAACGACAGCAGCUGCCCCAGCUCCAGCUGCCUGUGGCGACAAUGAAUCCUUGCUCAUUGAGCUGUCCAAGCAGCUGGAGGAGGCGCCGCUCAUUGAGGCCUCUCCGCCAUCAGAAGCGACGCUCAGCAACAACAAAUUCUGGGCACGCAUGUUCAAUCAAUCAACUGCAGCUGCAGCGCCAACUCCAGCUCCAGCUCCAGUUGCCGCUCCCAACAAGUCCAAUCCAAGCAAACCGAGCCAGCAAAACAGCAGCAGCAACAGCAACAACGCUUGGCUGGAGCUGUUUGCGGAUCUCGAUCCCUUGGCUAAUCCCCAAGCGUUCGAUUUGAAGCUGAGCGGCGGACGACGUGUCGCAGAGCAAACAUAAGUUGCCGAGGUUUCCACAAGCUGCAUGGGAUUCACAUACAUUUGAUUUGUAAUUAUAACAAUGAUGGUUCUAUUGGCCUACAACAACAAAAAAAAACCAAAAAGGGAAAAUGAAAAACUCGUUUGGAUGUAACUUUUCGCUAAACGUUCAAAACUUUGUAUCUUUUUAUUUAAAUAAAAUGUGUGUGUAUAUUGGACACAGCAGCAGCAGCUAGCUAGCUAGGACACAAGCUUCUCUCCUAUCCACUCCUCAUCAUCAUUUAACUGCCGCCUGCGCCUCCUUCUUCGAGUUGACCAACUCCACCAGCUCCUUGACGCGUCGCAAGCAAUCCUUUUUACUGCGAUUCGGAAUGCAAGCGGCGAUGCAAUCCCAGCGAUCGGGCGUCGUCGUUGGAUACGUUUUCAUUGCCUGCUCGAGCAAGGCUUGCUCCUCCUUUGUCCACGACGAUUUCGAGGAUACGCCAUUCGUGGUUGGCGGCGCCGCAGCAACGCCAUUCUGCUUGGGCUCCGCCUGCUGCUGCUGCUGCUCCUGCUGUUGCUGCUGCUGAUUGUUAUUGUUGUUGACUGGUGGUGCACCAUUCUGUUUGACGUUCUCUUUGCUGCUCUCCGCCGGUGAAUCGCCGAGCGUAAUAUCGUUCGUUGUCUGCACCUCCUUCUUGGACUUCUCAAAGCUCUGGAACGCCGCCUCGUUGGCCUGGGUCUUCAGCGUGCUCUUCGAGUGAUCGCUGUGCUGCAAAGCCUUCGCCUUGUUGAGCACAUCACGUGCUGUCACGGGAGUCGUUGCGCCGCCUCCAUGCUGGUUGAUGAAGGUCGCGAUCACAUCCCAACGCUGAGCAGUGCCAGCGGGAAACAGGUUGACCGCCUUGAUAAGCAGCUGAACAUUCUCAUUGCUCCACACAUCGCCCUUUUUCACCUCCUUGACGCCCGCUGGCGUUUUGUUUGCCUGCCCAUUGGUUGUCUGCUUCUUUUGCUGCGCCAAAUUGAGCUCCUCCAGCUCGUCGGCAAUCUUGCGCUCAGCUGUUUGCAGA